UCGGCACUAAACCAUGCGAUUUCUGACCUUCAGAACGUGUCAUAUUGUCAACUCUAAUAUCUUCCUUCGGGUACCACGUCAGCAAACGUGCAGCUGCGUCAUCUACGUCUACACCGCUGUAAACUUCUUUCCAGCUUUUUGGACGCUCGGGGGUUGUUUCCGAUGACGUUUUAGUAUCUUGUUAGGACCAAGCUUAGUCGGUUGUGCAGCUGGCUGUAACAAAUUUAGUGUACGACAUCUCUUCGCCGUUCUUCACUCGACUAGCGCUCUUCGGUGUACGUGUACAGCGCGCGAGUCUUUCGGGGGGGUAGGAAAGGAAAAGCAAUAGAGCAUGCGCCCCCUCCGUCCGACUGUUUCGCGUAUCUUCUAUACGGAAACGGCACAUCCUUAAAGGGAUAUCUUUGCAACGUAACCGACGAUAAUUUUGCAAAACCCGAGCAGAAAAUCUCUCUAGUGUUACAACCAGCGCUGGGAGGAAGGGAGGGGGGGAGUUGCGAAAAAACGUGCGCCGGUAUCUAAGCACUUCCGUUGUUUGCUAUUGCUGCGUGGCAAAUUGAGGGUGGUGAGUUAACGUUUUUAUCUCGCGCGCUUCUUCUUCGACCCCCCUCGCAAACGGGCGGAACAAGUGCACAAGAAACGGGGGGAAAGCAAAACAAAGAAAGAAAGUGGAACCAGCAAAUGCACCAACCCACCAUCCACGUGGGUGAAAACGCAAGAGGAAUGGUCCGUCACGUGACUCGUGCCUGUAUCUAACCCCUCGCUCGAUGGUAACGACAAAUACCACGAUAAGGUACAACUGUAGUGUGUCGUUACUUAAGUAAGAAUAGUUCGAGCAGUGUUAUAGAUGUGUUUCGAGGCCUUCGAUUGUUUCUUCUGUGGAACUAACAAAAUGGCGCACCACAUAGGAAGUUGAUGAUCCUGUAGAAACUACUCCAUUACAGAACUGAACAGUUUACUCGAAGACACCAGAACGUACACAGUACAGGACAGUGAAGAAGUUAUUUUUACGUUCUCUUAUCCAGGAUACUGUUACUGAUACAGUGUUACUUGAUUCGUGGUAGCAAUUUAGGAUGCGCAGAGCAAACGGACUCGUUCAGAUAUACGAAUGCGUUUCCAGAUCACCAAAAAAGUUGCAUGUUACCUUAUUUUAUCUGAACGGCCAACCAUGUCGUUGAUUUUGUGAUUGGUUUACGAAGCAUGUUCCGAUGUUCGUUACUAUGCCAAAUUCAGGAAGAUAUCCUUGCGAGAGUUGUAAUUAUGUUGCAGUCAGCCGACGCAUGCUGUCUCGUCACACCACUAUCGCUCACGCAUCGCAGGCAUUCAAGUGCCCGCUGUGCCCUUUCGUUUCUUGUUAUCAGGCAAAUUUAUAUAGGCACAAAAGGGAUAUUCAUGGUCUUGGGAGAGUGACGGCUUGUGAGAUUUGUGGUUUUUUUGCUUCCAGUGUAGAAGAACUCAUACAGCACAAGGACAACAAUCAUCAGGAUCAGAUAGAGUGGCUGAAGAAGAAGUACGCCAACGAGAGAAUCCGGCUCGGUGUUGAGAGCAAGGAAGCUGCAGUUGGUGGUGGUCAGAAUGAAGAAAAGUUGUUUGUUAACAGAAACAGCAGCAUUCCUAAAGAUCACGAGGCUGGUACAAGCCACAUUAACAGAGGCCUUCCAGACGAAUUAGCCAUUAAAGACAACAGCAUAGAAAUGGGAACCCGUCAGCUCAGCCCCCUGAAGAUAAGAAGAAGUUAUGUCUGCAAUGAAUGUGGCCUGACGACGAUUGACCCCAGGGAAUACCUGUAUCAUAGAAGAGACAUUCACGGAGAAAGAAUGACAAUUCACGAAUGUAAGAGUUGUGUGUACGCUUCUCGGCAUGUUCAGAAGUUGCAGAGGCAUUACACUCUCGUACAUCACAAAUCUAUGGAAGAGGAUGAAGAUGAAUUUAUUAACGCAGCUAACAAUUCUUCCCCGAAAGAUUCAAUUGAUUCCAACAUUCCCAAAGCCAGUAAUAAAAUUCUGGAUGACUACGAGUUUAAGGACGAAUUGGCAAAUAAAAGCAAGCCAUUGCAUAGGAAAUCAACAGCUCGGAAGUCGGUCGUCAAAGUAUUAAAGUGUUCAGAGUGUCCUUUUCAGACUCAGAAUAAUAUUGUCCUUCUUCAGCACGAGAAAGAAGCACACAAGAAGAAGAAAUUCUACCAUUGCAUGCAGUGUGGAUACGGAACUAAUAAUAAAAGCCGUUUCACCAGGCAUUUGAAAUACCAUGCACUGCCGAAAUUAAAAUGUGAAUAUUGUGAUUUCAAAAGCGCGUACAAGUGGAAUAUGGAUCGGCACAUGAAAAAUCACAUGGAACAAGGUGAAUUUGAAUGUAACAAGUGUUCUUUCACAACUAAUACUAAGCAGUCGUUAACGGUACAUUUGGAUUAUCAUCAUGGGAAUUCUAUUCAUCCGAAAUCCAGAAAAUAUAACUUAGAAACUAGUUCAGAUUUAAGUAUGGAACAGUUUGUUAUGCAGGAUGAUUCCGGGUCUCAUUCGAGUGCUGAUGACGAUAGCGAUUCAUUCGAAAAUGCAGAUACUUUCGAUAUCAGUGAAGAUAAACCUUUGGAUAUAAAUUAUUUCGAAGAUUUCUAUGAAGAUGAACGGGGCAAUUUAUCAAAGCACGAGUACAAGUACAAAAGAAAUUCCGAAAGUACUAAGAAGCACUGUUGUCCUAUAUGCGAUGCUCAAUUUCCUCAACUUUCCUCGGUGGGUCAGCAUUUAAAAGAAGAACAUUCAGAGAGCGUGGAAGCAAACAACAUUGCUGUAGUUGUCGACAUGCUCACACCCCGGAGGAAAACCAGGAGCAGUGAAAGUUCUAUUGAGAGACAACAUGAGACGUCUGGCUCCUCAAAAAUGCAGGAAAAGGAAAAGACUCGACUGGAACCAACGUGCAACAUCUGUGGAUAUAAGACUAGGUGGACUUCCGAAAUGAUAAAGCAUCAACGCGUUCAUUCAGGCGAGAAACCAUUUGAGUGUAACAUCUGCAAUUACAAAUGUAGAUGGAAGGGUGACCUGACCAGACAUUUUGAAAAAUUCCACAAACAAAGAAUUCCAACUCCCGAAUUUCUCAGCCUCGAUAAAAUAAAAGUUGCUCAAGAUGAAAAUGGCUCCACUUCUCGUCAUUCGGCUGGUGUGGAUAUGACUCGCGACUCGUUAUCUUCGGAUCAGGACGGUCCCUUAGAUUUGACCAUUGCUAACAAAAUUGAGAAGUGUGACGACUUCCUGGCAAAGAGUAACUAUUUAAAAAUUAAUCAUAAGUUAAUCAGCACUAGAGAAAGCUUAGCUCUUAAAAGGAAGUUUGAAUAUGAACCGCCGCUUGUCGCGCCUCCUUCGAAAGUAUUAGUUAAAAAGUACCAAUGCACUUAUUGCGGUUUUAUGACUAAAACAGCAUCUCGUUUCCACGUCCACAUAGUACAGCACUUUAAUAAAAGACCCUUUGUAUGUUCCAUUUGCGGUUAUCGCUCUAAUUGGCAAUGGGACAUAACCAAACACAUAAAGAUGAAAGCCAUCAGAGACAAUAGCCAUUCGGACGCGACUGUGUUGAUCACUGACGAAACGGGGAAUAAAAACUACGAUAAGUACAAACAGUAUUUAGUAGAAGUCGAAGAAAGGAAGGACGGGAGGACGGCGGAGAAACAGGACUUUGUCCAAUCCGAAGGCACGAGUAAGAGGAAGCGAAUUCAAGAUGAUGAUGACGAGAGCAUGGCAUCAGGAAUAGCAGAACCAGAAAACAUAGUUGUUACUCCUGACUUGCCUUUCUCACUUGAAGAGAACAAUCAGGCUAAUUCGGCUGCAGUUCUGGCAGAUCAGAGACAAAAGGCAUUCAGGAAAUUCUUUUAUUGUAAACAUUGUCCACUCAAGCACCAAGAGAAGAAAUUCGUAGUCAGUCAUCUUGCAGUGCAUGCCGGAAUAAAGCUGUUUUAUUGUAAACUCUGUGAUUUCUCCACAAAUUGGAGGCAUGUCAUCCUACGCCAUAUCAGAUUAUCGCAUAAUGGAGACUUGGAACUCCUGGAAAGUCGUGUGACAUACACGACGGAAGGGCGGAUCAUAGGAAUAACCGACAUCAAAAAAGAACACUGGAUAAAUGAAAACACUGUCUCGCGACCCAAACCCAUUGGCGCAUCUCUGCGAUGCGAAAUAUGUCCCUAUUCCUGCCAGAAAGAAGCUCACAUGAAAGUUCACAUGAAGCAGCAUCAGCCGCGAGACGGUGCAAACUUAAAAUGCAUGUUCUGUCCGUAUUACGUGAAGUUCCGCAAGACAUUAAUUCUUCAUUUAGAACUGCAUAAAACUAGUGACGAUACUUCUAAUGUUGAAGAUAACAAAAAUAGUAAUGCAGAUAGCACGAAUAACUCUAUGAAUAUUUACAAGGAAGCGAACGAGAGUGAAAAUAUUGAUAAUGUAGCGUUCACUUUCGAAAAUCUAAAUAAUCUUUCAAAUAGAAAGAAGCGCUUACUCUUAGGUAAAAAGAAACAUGUCUGUGAACAGUGCCCCUAUCAAACAGAAAACAAAACUCAGUAUCUGUACCAUAAACAGUUUCAUCGUCCAAAUAAAGCCGCCAAAUAUAAAUGUAAGCUGUGUUCCUACUGGGCAACUCAUCAGCAUCUCAUGUCUCAACACUUGAAAGUGCAUAAUAUAAAUAAAUCUUACACGCUGAUUGGAAUUGAUCCUGAAUCUAAUAAACUGGUCCAUUCCAGUCAGGAAGUAGAUGAAAACAAUAGCCAAGUUGUGGAUGGUAACCAGCAGUCGAACCAAAUUCAGCCGGUUAUUGUAAAGAAGGGGGAUGUGUAUUUCCGAAUGUACAAGUGCAGUUACUGUCCGAUGAUGAAUAAGCGAAGAGCAAAUGUUCGCAUUCACCAGAAGAUGCAUUUAAAAUCAAAGCUAACGAAAUAUUCCUGCCCACUCUGCAACUACAAAUGUAACAAUCAAGGUAUUAUAAGUGCCCAUAUGAAGAUUCAUGGAAAGGAUAUCACAGAUGCUGUGGUUAAUAAUCCUAAUAGCCAUGGUGACGUAGAGCUUAUAAGAACCAAUGUAAACGAAUCGGCAAAAAAGAAAAUAUUUAAUUAUUUUUGUAUGAAAUGUCCCGCUGUGUUUAAGACGAGCGCGGAUAUGCAAAUUCACAAGACGUUCCAUGGUGCUUUGUAUCCUUACCAAUGUCCACACUGUGAUUACAGAGCUAAACACAAACCUCACCUCCACAAGCAUCUCCUAGUCCACACACCUGAAUACAUUGCAAAGCGAGAGAUAUCACAUGGUCCACCCGUGGUUGCCAAUAUAGCGGAAGGAGGUACGGUUGCCAGAACCAGUGAGGCCAACCAGAUGAUGUUGCUCGAAGAGGCUGAGAUGAAAGCCGUCAUGGCAGGUACGGUUACAAAACGCCCAUACAAGUUACACAGGUGUACGUUCUGUCCUGCCAUGUUCUUUAAAAGUACGACGUUGCAGUAUCACACCUCAUUGCACAAGAGUAACGGACUCUUCCGCUGUUCUCACUGCAAUUAUGCUGUCGACAGUAAAAUUAACUUAAUGACUCAUGAUAAACUUCACACCAUUCAGCCUAGAAAACCAAAGUCUAAACAAGUUCCGGGAUUUAUGUGUUGUCCGAAGUGUCCUGCCAUGUUCAAUAAAGUUGAUCGGUUUCAUAGGCAUUUACGAUUGCAUGGGCAGAAUAACAAGUAUACGUGCGAACACUGUGAUUAUUCUGUACAGCUGCAAGCCAACUUGUUUAAUCACAAAGUAGUUCACACCAAGUCCUACGCAGAUCGUAAACGAGACGUCAACAUCGUUUCAUCCGAAUUAGCGUUCUCUGCAGAUAACAUGCCGUUAUUUGAAAAUGUCAAAGUCCUAGAAGAAAAUGAUAAUAAACCUUACGUGUGUGAUCGCUGUCCUUAUCAUCAUCCUCGCAAAGAAACUGUACAAAAUCACCAAAAAUAUCAUAAUUCAAAUGAAGGAAUGAAAUGUCCUUACUGUGAUUACUUCUCUUCACAACCAUUAUUCAUGAGGGAUCAUAUCAAAGUGCAUUUUCAGACAGAGAUACCUGUACAACCACAGGGAUUCACGAAAAACGAGAAUGUAGAAAUAUGGUGCGUGGUCGACGGCAAGCGAGAAAUACUGUUCAGAGACAGGGGGGCUGACGUGUUUAAGAGUAAACGAUUUUUCCCUCCUGAGGAGGAAAUGCAGCAGCGCUAUGCAAACGGAGAUUGCGAUUCAAGUCCAGUUUCUCCGAAGAAUGUCUCAAUGCUUAAUGUUCCUAUAGAGCAAACCUCACUUGAUACCAAAGAAACAAACAAUACAGAAAAUCUCAUUCCCAAUUGUCUUUCGAACGAGAAAUCCUCUAGCGACAUCGAACAAGUUCUAGGCGAUAAAGAAGAAUUUGUACCGAUUUCGCAAAAUGUAACCACUGCCUUAACCAAUGAAGAAAUUCAUGAUAAAUGUGAUGUUAAACUUUCUACCAUUAAUGGGACAAAUGGGAAUUUAUCUUACAAAAAUAUGGACGAUGCCGAAGAGCUGUGUAUAAUAGAGGACGAUGAUAAUUUUGUGGAAAGUUCGGAUUUAUGUGACGAACCAAACUCUAUGGUGUUGUCGGCAUCGGAGAAGAACGAAGAGUUUGUUGUGGAGGAAGAAGAUAAAUCAAUAAAUGCGUGUGGUGGCACGCUUAGUUCUGUACAAGGAAAUCUCUAUGGAGGGACCAAUAAUAAUACUUUUAAUACGGAUCUAGUGGAUAACGAAGAAUUACAGUUAAAUUUAAAUAGUUAUUAUUUUGAUACGAGUAAAGAUAAUACUGCCACAAACAUUGCCAAUGUAGUAGAACUGGAAUGGAGGACAGAUGAAGCUAGUGAACAGGUGAUAACAGAUGUCAUGAUGAGCGAGGGAUGCGAACAGAUCGGAGAGUCUGAGAUGGAAGUGGGAGCACCAGCGAGUGAUGACCCAUCCUCCAGCAUUGGCAGGGAUGCAUUUGCCGAUUCUUCGGCUGAAGACGGGUGCAACCGGAGCGAACUGAUGUCGGACACUGAUGGCAACAUACUUUCCGAGGUCUCCAUGCAGAUAUAGAGAUUUAAUUAUCUAAAUCUAUUUAAAGAGAUGUAAUAUACUGCAUAUUUUGUUGAACGACAAUAGUUAAACUGGACGCGAAGGGCGCGAAAGUGAA